UCUCAACUCACUUUCUACCUUGUUUCUGUUAAUCAAACUUCUUUUACUUCCUUCUAAUCCAAACAAAUAACAAGCCACUUUCUGUUCUGUGUGGAGCCACUGCUACUCUUGGAUCGCCUCUAAACGACCAUGAAUUCAUCGCAGAAAACUCUCUCCGGUUCCUCGCAGAGCCCUAGAUCUCCUUCCUCCUCGCAACCGUUCCUCUCUGUCUCCGUCACCGAUCCCGUUAAGCUCGGCAAUGGCGUCCAAGCCUACAUCUCCUACCGCGUCAUCACCAAAUUUUUUCCUACCACCACUAUAAUACACAAGAUGUGCAACUUUGGUUUUUUGUCAUCUGAAACAAUUUGGCAGACAAAUUUCCCUGAGUACCAAGCACCUGAGAAGAUUGUUAUAAGACGUUACAGUGACUUUGUCUGGUUACGUGAUCGCCUUUUUGAGAAGUACAAAGGCAUUUUCAUUCCCCCUCUUCCAGAGAAAAGCGCUGUAGAGAAAUUUCGUUUCAGUGCUGAGUUUAUUGAAAUGAGGCGGCAAGCAUUGGAUGUAUUUGUAAAUAGGAUCGCAUCGCAUCGUGAACUUCACCAAAGUGAGGACCUGAGGUUGUUUUUGCAGGCGGAAGAAGAGACAAUGGAACGGUUAAGGUCACAAGAGACUGGCAUAUUCAAGAAGAAGCCAGCAGAUCUAAUGCAGAUUUUUAAGGAUGUGCAGUCUAAAGUGAGUGAUGUUGUCCUUGGGAAAGAGAAGCCAGUAGAAGAAACAGAUCCUGAGUAUGAAAAAAUGAAACAUUACGUCUUUGAGCUUGAAAACCACUUGGCUGAAGCUCAAAAACAUGCAUACCGUCUUGUGAAGAGGCACAGAGAAUUGGGGCAAUCACUGUCUGAUUUUGGAAAAGCAGUAAAACUUCUGGGUGCUUCUGAAGGAAAUGCUCUUGGGAAAGCAUUCUCUGAACUUGGGAUGAAGUCAGAGAUUUUAUCAGUCAAGCUGCAAAAGGAGGCCCAUCAGCUCUUGAUGAAUUUUGAAGAACCAUUGAAGGAUUACGUCCGUGCUGUACAAUCUAUUAAGGCAACGAUAGCAGAGAGAGCCAAUGCCUUCAGAAGACAAUGUGAACUGGCUGAAACAUUGAAGCUCAAGGAGAUUAAUCUUGACAAGCUCACGCUGAUUCGAUCAGAUAAAGUUGCAGAAGCUGAGCAUGAAUAUAAAGAGUUGAAGGCAGAGAGUGAACAGGCGACGAAUACAUUUGAGACGAUUGUGAAACUAAUGAAUGAAGAGAUGGAGCGUUUUCAGGAACAGAAAACAUUAGAUAUGGGGAUUGCUUUCCAUGAAUUUGCCAAAGGUCAGGCUCGUCUUGCAAAUAGUAUUGCAGACGCGUGGCGAAGUUUUAUACCGAAACUGGAAGCAUGUUCCUCCCUCGUGGAGAAUUAAUCAAUUAGUUCCGCAGAGCAUAGAUAAAGUACUCUUUGAUGGGUUGUUACAAGGACCAGGGUAUGGCAGACGCAGGUCGCAGCUCUUGUUUUGUAAAAGAGCUUUCGAAUUAUUAUUAUUAUUAUGCUGGAAAAGGUGUGUUUUUCUUUUUGGUCCAUCUUGUACUAAUCUUAAACAGAGUAAAGGGGUUACCUAUCCGCACUUUUGUCUUCAAUUUUGCUGCUCUUGCUGUUGCUAUUUCUCUAUCUUCCUCCAUUGUAUAUAGUCACAGUGGAUUUACAAGCAGAAAAGAAAAUGUUAUUAUUUUGGA